AUGAAUGUCAUCGCCGUGGUAUACGUGUUUUUAAUCACGACCGUAGACGCGCUAAAUUACGACUACGAUUCAGUGAAUGAGAAUCGUCCGUUCUCAUCUUCGUCCUCGUCGAUGUCGUUGUUCCACGGUUGGUUCGCCGCGUUACCGGAUCCCUCUGGUAGCAAAAGAACCGAGAAACUGGCAUUGUUGCCCGGUGACAUUCAAUUUGGCCAGCUCGAGGGGCAAGUUUCCACGGAGUCGCGGGUCCAAAAUGAACCGGCGAACGCGAGGAAGCCCAGAGAAGCGAAAAGAUUGGACAAUGGUCGGUCGAUGGGCAAGGCGUUCGAGAGGAGGACACAAUUUGGUAUCUCCGUGCGGGAGAUCGACGCGGAAGCGCGUUUGAUUCCGAAAAGGAAAGAAUCCUGGAAUGAAAAUCGCUGGGGCGACGAGAAGCCUCGAAACGCUGUCUCUCGAAUAGCGUUCGUCGAGAAUAGAAAUCAGACGCGAGACGCGUUAAGGUACCUAAACAGAAAAAGCUCCACGGAAGAUGUGACGAUUAUAGAGAACAGAAGCCGGAAGAGGCAAAUCGGCGGAGAAUUCGUGGGCGAACAAGGUAACGGAGACCAGGAUUUGAUAUCAGACCUGACGAUCGUUCCGCAAACGCGACCAGUCAGCGAACGAAACCGCGACGACAGAUAUCCGGACGACGUUCGCGAAGAGAACGACGUGCAAAACUUUUUGGAUCAGCUGAAGAAACAAAUGGCGAAGGGUGAACUCGACAAAGUAGUAAUGACUAAUUACAGGCAAGGAAGGAGACGGAAAUUCAACAGCCAGGAACAGGGCACGCUGCUCGUCGAGGCUCUCAGAAAGAAACGAAAUUAUACCGGGGAUCAUCGGGGCCACAACAACAAUCUUCAUAACAGCAUAAUGGAUAUGUUGGGUAGAAUGAUACCGCAGACAUGCUCGUACAAAGGGGCGACGUUUGAUUGUGGGCUUAGUAUCAGUUGUGUUCUCGGUGGGGGUCGACCAGUCGACCUUUGUUCCGGAGGACUAAUUUGGAGCUGUUGCGUCGACGACGACGACAUCCCCGAAAAAAUACCGCGACCUACCGUCGGAUUACUGCAGAACGCCACACUUUCGCUAAACUUGGGAAAUCAACACCCGUACCUGGUCGAUGAUGUUCAAAUCUACGAGAACGCGGCAAGGCCUAGCAAACCGACGUACGGCGGUCAGAACGAGCACAGACCGAGCUACUUGUACGCGGACGUCGCGAACAAGCCAACGACCCUUUACGAAUCGUCGCAGACGUGGAAUUACAAUCGGCCCUCGUACACUACACGUCCUCCGUUUUACCAUCCGAUACAGGUCGAUUACCCUCAGGACGAAUACGAGCCCGAUUAUCCCGACGCAUCGGGAAUUCACAAGCCGAACGAGGAUGCCUCAAACUCCGUGGAUUAUUCCAAAUAUCGUGGUUGUGGCGAACUGUACACGAGAAGUAACAGAAUCGUGGGUGGCCACAGCUCCAGUUUUGGCAGUCAUCCAUGGCAGGCUGCCAUUAUCAAAUCGGGAUUCCUCUCGAAAAAGUUGUCGUGUGGAGGUGCGUUGCUGAACAAUAGAUGGGUUGUAACCGCGGCGCAUUGUGUUGCUACGACGCCAAACAACAAUUUGAAAGUACGUCUCGGUGAAUGGGAUGUGAGGGACGCGGCCGAACGGUUGUUGCACGAAGAAUUUAACAUUGAGAGAAAGGAGGUCCAUCCUCAAUAUUCGGCGACCGAUUUUCGAAACGAUGUGGCAUUGGUGAAACUGUCGAGAACAGUGGCGUUCAAGCAGCACAUCGUUCCCGUUUGUUUACCAGCGAAAAAUUUAAAACUUUCGGGUCGUACGGCGACGGUCGCCGGCUGGGGCAGAACCAGGCAUGGCCAAAGUUCGGCUCCGACGGUUCUCCAAGAGGUGGACGUCGAAGUGAUCCCCAACGAAAGAUGCCAAAGGUGGUUCAGAGCAGCCGGAAGACGAGAGACUAUUCACGAUGUCUUCCUGUGCGCCGGCUACAAGGAAGGAGGGCGAGAUUCCUGUCAGGGUGACUCUGGUGGACCCUUAACUAUGUCCGUCGAAGGAAGAUACGUGCUGAUUGGUCUCGUUUCCUGGGGCAUAGGGUGUGGACGCGAACAUUUGCCCGGCGUGUACACGAAUAUACAGAAAUUCGUGCCCUGGAUCGACAAGGUGAUGAGUUAA